GAUGAUGGGGCUUCUGAUCAUUCUGAAGAAGAUGAAGCAGAAAGAGCGGGAGCUGCGGCUGCUCAUGCCCGGCUUGGACAAUACCAGCCAAACAACCAUCCUCAAGAAGUUCAAUGGCGAGGACAUGGACACCAUUUCCCCUACACUGGGCUUUAACAUCAGGACCCUGGAGCACCGCUGGUUCAAGCUGAAUAUCUGGGAUGUGGGCGGCCAGAAGUCACUGCGGUCCUACUGGCAGAACCACUUUGAGAGCACGGACGGCCUCAUAUGGGUGAUGGACAGUGCCGACCGCCAGCGCAUGCAGGAUUGCCAGCAGGAGUUACAGAGCCGGCUGGUGGAGGAGUGCCUGGCCGGAGCAACACUCCUCAUCUUUGCCAACAAGCAGGACCCUCCCGGAGCACUGUCCUCUAACACCAUUCGGGAGGCCCCAGAGCUGGACUCGAUCCUUAGCCACCACUGGUGCAUCCAGGGUUGCAGUGCCGUCACGGGGAGAACCUGCCAUUGA